AUGGCGGAGAAAGCCAAGGAUCGCAUCGCGGCCAUCGGCCAGCACCUCAAUUCCACAGACUUGCCGCCCAUUCGUAAGGUUGCUCCGGGAUCGAGUGCUCCCCGGGUCAAGGACAAGGUUGUCAUCAUCACCGGAGCCAACUCACUCCUCGGCAUCGGUCGCGCCACCGCUCACCAAUUCGCCGAAAGCGGCGCCCGCGCAAUCUACAUCUGCGACUAUGACGGAACACAUCUGGAAGCCCACAAGGCCGAGAUUGUCGCCGCCUUCCCCUCCGUCGAGGUCCACGCCCGGCGUUUCGACGCCGCCGAUGAGGCGAGCGUGAAGGAAGUCGUCGACGACGCUAUCAAGCGCUACGGACGGCUCGAUGUCUUUUUCGCUAACGCGGGCAUCGUGGGUAAGACUGUUGCUUUUACCGAGUUCAGCGAAGAGGAGUUUAUGACUGUCUUGAGGACGAACACCUUGAGCGUCUUUCUAGCAGCCAAAUACGCCGCCCCAGCCAUGACCAAAACCUCCCCCACAAAACCCCAAGCAGGCGGCAGCAUAAUCGGCACCGCCUCCGUAGCAGGCCUCCGCUCCAACGCCGGCUCGACCCCCUAUUCCGCUUCCAAAGCCGCCGUCAUCUCCCUCGUGCAGACGACGGCCUACCAGCUGACCGGCACGGGCGUGCGUGUCAACGCCAUCUGCCCGGGCCUCAUCGAGACGGGCAUGACGGCGCCCGUGUUCAACGCCGCGAGGGCCAGGGGAACGGAGAAGAAGAUUGGGCAGCUGAACCCUUUGAGGAGGGGCGGGCACGCGGAUGAGAUUGCGAGGGUGGCGCUGUUUUUGGGGAGUGAUGAGAGUAGCUAUGUUAAUGGGCAGGCUUGGGCUGUUGAUGGGGGGUUGAGUGCGGGACAUCCGUAUGUUCCUGGAAAGUUGGGUUAA